AUGUCUUCCUAUCCCCAAAAUAAUUUGGAUUUGAAUACUGCUCUCCAUGAGCAAAUACUGUUAGCAGUGAGAUCAGACAGUGGUGCUGUCAAUGACUCUCUGAUUGCUAGCAUGCAGUGUGCUGCAUCAAUUACCAGUUUGGGACAACGGCUGCUGGCAUUUCUUUCUUUAUCAACAUGCGAUGUGGGGCAUGUAGGCAUCCAUUAA